AUGCAUCGAAACCCCAUUCAGAAAAAACAUCACAAGGGAAAGAGAACAAAUCAGAGCCCUUUAUGCAGCAAAACAUUGAAAGGUAAAUCUAGCUUGAACUCACACUGCAGAAUCCACACAGAGGAGAAACUGUGUAAAUGCUUGGUGUGUGGAAAGAGCUCCAGUGACAGCUCAGGCCUAAAAUCACAUGAAAGAAUUCACGCAGGACAGGAAUCAUACAAAUGCUUAGAAUGUGGAAAGGGUUUCAAUCGCCACUCAACCCUUAAAUCGCAUCAACGAAUUCACACAGGGGAGAAACAGUAUACCUGUUUUGACUGUGGAAAGACCUUCCGUCAGCUCUCAAGCCUUACAUCUCAUCAAAGAAUCCACGCAGGGGAGAAGCCAUAUAAAUGUUGGGAGUGCGGAAUGAGCUUUGCUCAGAAUAGUAACCUUACUUCACAUAAGAGAAUCCACACAGGGGAGAAGCCAUAUAAAUGUUUGCAGUGCAGAAGGAGCUUUGCUCACAGUAGUAGCCUUGCUUCACAUAAUAGAGCCCACACAGGGGAGAAACCAUAUAAAUGCUUGGAAUGUGGAAAGAGCUUCACUCGCAGAUCAAGCCUUACAAUACAUCUAAAAAUUCACACAGGGGAGAAACAGCAUACCUGUUUUGACUGUGGAAAGACCUUCCGUCACCGCUCAAGCCUUACAUUGCAUCAAAGAAUCCACACAGGGGAGAAGCCAUAUAGAUGUUGGGAGUGCGGAAUGAGCUUUGCUCAGAAUAGUAACCUUACUUCACAUAAGAGAAUCCACACAGGGGAGAAGCCAUAUAAAUGUUUGCAGUGCAGAAGGAGCUUUGCUCACAGUAGUAGCCUUGCUUCACAUAAUAGAGCCCACACAGGGGAGAAACAAUAUAAAUGCUUGGAAUGUGGAAAGAGCUUCACUCACAGAUCAAGCCUUACAAUACAUCUAAAAAUUCACACAGGGGAGAAACAGUAUACCUGUUUUGAAUGCGGAAAGACCUUCCGUCACUGCUCAAGCCUUACAUUGCAUCAAAGAAUCCACGCAGGGGAGAAGCCAUAUAGAUGUUGGGAGUGCGGAAUGAGCUUUGCUCACAGUAAUAACCUUACUUCACAUAAUAGAGCCCACACAGGGGAGAAACCAUAUAAAUGCUUGGAAUGUGGAAAGAGCUUCACUCGCAGAUCAAGCCUUACAAUACAUCUAAAAAUUCACACAGGGGAGAAACAGUAUACCUGUUUUGAAUGCGGAAAGACCUUCCGUCACUGCUCAAGCCUUACAUUGCAUCAAAGAAUCCACGCAGGGGAGAAGCCAUAUAGAUGUUGGGAGUGCGGAAUGAGCUUUGCUCACAGUAAUAACCUUACUUCACAUAAUAGAGCCCACACAGGGGAGAAACCAUAUAAAUGCUUGGAAUGUGGAAAGAGCUUCACUCACAGAUCAAGCCUUACAAUACAUCUAAAAAUUCACACAGGGGAGAAACAGUAUACCUGUUUUGAAUGCGGAAAGACCUUCCGUCACUGCUCAAGCCUUACAUUGCAUCAAAGAAUCCACGCAGGGGAGAAGCCAUAUAGAUGUUGGGAGUGCGGAAUGAGCUUUGCUCACAGUAAUAACCUUACUUCACAUAAUAGAGCCCACACAGGGGAGAAACCAUAUAAAUGCUUGGAAUGUGGAAAGAGCUUCACUCGCAGAUCAAGCCUUACAAUACAUCUAAAAAUUCACACAGGGGAGAAACAGUGUACCUGUUUUGACUGUGGAAAGACCUUCCGUCACAGCUCAAGCCUUACAUCUCAUCGAAGAAUCCACACAGGGGAGAAGCCAUAUCAAUGUUUGGAGUGUGGAAAGAGAUUUGCACAUGGAUCUAGCCUUACUUGUCAUAAAAGAACUCACAUGGGAUAAACCAUAUAUAUGCUUGGAAUGUGGGAAAAGAUUUGGUCAGAUUUCACAACUCAUUUUGCAUAUGUGGAUCAAGAGGAAAGAAAUAUUUAGAUGCUUGUAAUGAGGACAGCACUUUAAUUAGAGCACCGUUGUUGCUCAACUUCAUGGAAUUCCUACAAGAAUUCACAUGGGAGGAAUCAUACACCAGCUGUCACGAUGGUCCCGUCAAGUGCUCACAGGGCUAGCUGCCUGGUGAAAUCAGUGGUGUGGAGAGCUUCUUUUGCUGCUUUCAUUUAAACCACCGCAAUCCUAGGUCCAUAUUCCCUUCCCUUCCUCUUCCCCCUCUCUGAAGCCUCUCUGAAGCUCAUCCCAUCUUUGAAAACAGACAAAAGGACGGGCUAAUAGGGUGACACUCUUAUCUAAGGAAGCAUGUUGUGUGGGAAAAGCAGGGACAGGCCUGAACACCAUGUGCUGCUUGUGAACUCCUGCAAGUUUCUGGCUGGUGCUCUUGGAUAUGAGAUGGUGCCCUUCCAUGGACCCUGGGCCAGAUCCUGCAAAGCAGCUAUUGAAAGAGGGCCAAGAUUCAUCGCUUUUGUUUUGAAGCAGUUGGGUAAUCUGAUUGUAGUUGGUAAUGAGGCAUUUCCUUUCUUUGUUCCAGGGGUGUCCCA